AUGAUACAUAACAAUCAACAACAACAAGGAGAAGAUUAUAUCAACAAGAUACCAACUAUACUACUUUUAAAUAUAAUCAACCAUGUGACUGAUAAUGUAGAUUUGGUUUGUCUAUUGUUUAGUUGUAAAAGAUUAUUUAACCUAACUGUCAAUAAUGAACAGUAUAGGAACAAUCUAUCAUUUAAAAAGAUUAAAUAUAUAUUCCCAAUAGAAGCAACAGAUAACAACAACAAUGUAUUUUACUCUUUAUUUUGUUAUCAUCUAAAGUCUUUUCAAAGUCUAUUUGAUAAUGCAAUCAAAGACACAAUGAUCAUAUCAAACAAGGAGAGUUAUGAUAAUCACGACGAACACGAUCUUUUAAACAUCACAAGAGUAAUCGUAUUGGAUCAGCUUACAAGUAGUGAGCAACUAUCAACUCUAAAGUUACCUCUAUCAGUCACUUCAUUGGAUCUAUGUGUUGAAAUGAACGAACCAUUACCAAUCGACUUUCUACCACCAAAUAUCAAACAUUUGGACAUAUAUGGGGUGAUGGGUGGUGGAUCAGAGGAGAAUAAGAGUGUAUUACCAGAUUCACUAAAGUCACUCAAUUUAACACUUACAAGUCAAGAAAAGAUAGAUGUCAAUCUUUUGCCAGAGGGUCUUGAAAAGCUUGACCUUUAUUGCACCCACUUUCAACUGUCGACUCGUCAAAUCGGACUUGACAGACUAACCUCUCUCACUUGGCUAUCAUCCUAUUGUCUAGUGGAGGAGGAGGAGGAGGAGAAGAAGAAGGAUAAUGGUACAGCUGUAGUUUAUUGUACUCUACCAAGUAGUUUGGAAUAUUUGGAUAUCGAACUAUCAAGUAUACAGUCACCUACCUACUUUCAACUACUCACUCGGUUGGUACAUCUCGAUUUGUCAUUGACCAAUUUUGGAGAGUUUGAUUCAUUGUAUCUAGACUCUCUCGUGUCACUAGAGACACUAAAAUUGUUUGUGACAAGUGUCAAUAUUGACGCAUCACAGAUUCGUCUGCCUCCAAAUCUAUUAGAGUUUAUUCAAACCGAUUCACAACUACCCAUUAGUAAUCUAUCAACUGGAUUCUUUCCACCAUCAUUGACAUCACUCAAUAUUGUAUUGGAUGAAAAUGAUUUCAACAGUUUACGGCUACCACAGAAAUUAAAAUCAUUUAUAGUACUUUCAUUAUCAAGUAUUAUACCAGGUGAUUUCAUCCCUACAAGUGUCACCAAACUUGAAAUCCACAGUGGUUUAGACAAUCCAUCUAUCAAUGGACUGAUACCAAACAGCGUCGAAUCACUAUGGUUGGAAGGUAAUUUCGAUAUGUCACUAUUAAUCAACCAUAAUAUACCAAGCUCAAACUCUAUAAAGAAAUUAGUAUUAGAAAGAGUCAAGCAUGAAUCAUCCAAAAAUUGUAAUAAUAUUAAUAAUAAUAAUAAUAAUAAUAAUAAUAAUAAUAAUAAUAAUAAUGAUCAACCUCCAAUAAUCAAACUACCAAAUAAUUUAGAAGAGUUUACAUGGAUACAUGAAGAAGAAGAAGAAGAAGAAGAUAAACAUCCAUCUUUCGAAUUUAUAUAUCCUCCAACAUUAAAAUACAUUGAUUAUAGUAGACUGGAACCACCACUAUACAAACUACAAACAAUUCCAAAAUCAGUCCAAGAAUUUAAAUAUCUAGUUUCUAAAACCAAAACUAUUGGUGAUUUUGAAGACACUGAAGUUCAUUCAAUUGGUAUUGAUGAGGGGUUUAUAUUCCCGUCGACACUCAAAACUCUAGCUGUAAAAGUCAACAACCAAGGCCAAUUUUGGAUAUUUAAAAUAGACCAUAUAAUCAAUCAAACAAAUAUAGAACAACUAGUUAUAUUUGGAGUUGGUGUAGAUAUCAAUUUCCAAGUUGAUAUUCGUCGGUUGGAUCCAGAAAAUAGAAAUGUAUUAAUAAUUGGUAAAUCACUUUAUGGUGGAAUCAUUCAACAACAACAACAAAUAGAUCAACACGCAACUGAUGGAUAUCAACAAUAUAGACCAAUCUAUCUUUAUUUUGAACCAGUAAUGCAAAGUGAACAACAAAGAGAAGAAGAUUAUAUCAACAAAAUACCAACUAUACUAUUAUUCAAUAUAAUCAAUCAUGUUGAUGAUAAUGUAGAUUUGGUGUGUCUGUUGUUGACUUGUAAAAGAUUAUUCAACUUUACUUCUGCUACUGCUGUCAAUAAUAAUAAUAAUAAUAAUCUAUCAUUUAAACAUAUUGAAUAUAUAUAUACAAAAGAAUCAGAACCAUCAACUGAUGAAAACAACAACAAUGUAUUUUAUGCUCAGAAAUGUUAUCAUCUUGGUUCAUUCAAGAGAAUGUUUACAAAUACAUUUUCAGAUACACUAAUCAUCAAUGUAACAGAAACAAGUAAUCAAAAGAUAAAGAGUAAUGGUGAUAAUGAUGUGGAUGAUGAUGAUAACAUUAAAAAGGUAUUGGUAUUAGGGGAAUGGGAUGAACUAUCAGAAUCAUCAACAACAUUACCAAUACUACCUCGAUCGACUACUUCAUUGGACAUUUAUCCAAGAGUCUAUGACCCUUUACCAACCAAUUAUUUACCACCUCGUCUCAAACACUUGACCAUACACUAUAAUGGAGUAAUAGGCAGUAGUAGCCUUCUUGUCUUUCCAGAUUCAUUAAAGUCGUUGUCCUUAAAAACAUCAAUGACCGAGGUCGAAUUAAAUGACAAAAAGACAGUCUGCUUGUUGCCAGUUGGUCUUGAAAGACUUUACUUUUUCUCCAAAUCUAAACUAGAACCAAGUCGUAUUGGACUGGACAAACUCACAUCUCUCAAUUGGUUAAAGUCAUACUCUCUAUCCACCGAAGAAAUAGGUACACUUCCAAAGAGCUUGGUACAACUAGACUUUUAUUUAGAUCAUAUACCAUCACCCACCUACUUUAAUCAACUAUUAAAUCUCACUAGAGACAUUGGUACUCCAUUUUCAAUAAUUGGUAAAUCACUUUUUGGUGGUAUCAUUCACAGUCAACAUAUGAAAGAUGGUCAAUAUAGACAAAUUUAUCUUUAUUUUAAAUCAACUGGUAAUACACCUCCAAAACUAUAUUUCGAUCUACCUCUUCUUCUAAACUAA